UUAAAAAUAUUUUAUUAAAAUACAUUUAUUGCAGCUCUUUAUUUGGAAUAUGCACUAAGAAAUAAAUAAUGAAUCCCCAUAAAUUACCAAUAGAAUGAUAAUACUUUGGUCCCUAAUCAUACAUCUUCAAUUGACCUGCUUGCAUUUGCUUCUGCAGACUCAGCGGCUUGAGGCUCUCGAUGCCCUGGAAAUAAUCAAUUACCAGACCACCAAGUACACAAUCCCCGAAGUUUGGGAGGAUCAGGCCAUUGCGUCCACGGGCGAAGAUAAAGAUGCUCAGGAGACCGAAGAGGAAGGGGAGAGUUUUUUGAAGUUCGGCGACGAUGGAGAGGCAAGGACCCCCGCUUCCGAAGGACUUCCCGAGGGUGCCUUCUGCCGUCGCAGUUUCGAUGACCGAAGUGGCUACUGCAUCCUGGCCUAUCAGUGCCUCCACGUCAUCCGGGAAUAUCGGGUGCAUGGCACCCGCAUCGACAUCUGCACCCAUCGGAAUAAUGUGCCCGUCAUUUGUUGUCCUUUGGCCGACAAACAUGUCCUGGCACAGCGAAUCAGCGCCACUAAAUGCCAGGAGUACAAUGCUGCCACCAGAAGGCUUCAGUUGGCCGACACCGGACGCACUUUCUCCGGGAAGCAAUGCGUGCCCAGUGUACCUUUAAUAGUGGGCGGAAUUCCCACCCGACAUGGACUCUUCCCCCACAUGGCGGCCCUGGGAUGGACGCAGGCCUCCAGUGGCUCCAAGGAAUCCGUGGACAUAAAGUGGGGCUGUGGCGGCGCCCUGGUUAGCGAGCUCUACGUCCUGACCGCCGCCCAUUGUGCUACCUCGGGUAGCAAACCACCGGACAUGGUUCGAUUGGGCGCCCGCCAGUUGAACGAAACCAGCUCGUCCCAGCAGGACAUCAAGAUCCUGAUCAUCGUGCUUCAUCCAAAGUACAGAUCCUCGGCCUAUUACCAUGACAUUGCGCUGCUCAAGCUGACCCGGCGGGCCAGGCUUUCGGAAUGGGUUCGUCCCGCCUGCCUGUGGCAACUGCCAGAGCUCCAGAUACCCACCGUUGUGGCCGCCGGCUGGGGACGCACCGAGUUCCUGGGCGCCAAGUCGAAUGUCCUGCGACAGGUGGACCUCGAUGUGAUUCCCCAGAUGAGCUGCAAGCAAAUCUAUCGCAAGGAACGACGUCUGCCCAGGGGCAUCAUCGAGGGUCAGUUCUGUGCGGGUUAUUUGCCCGGAGGCAGGGAUACUUGCCAGGGUGACUCAGGUGGUCCACUCCAUGCCAUCCUACCCGAAUACAACUGCGUGGCCUUUGUGGUGGGCAUCACCUCGUUCGGCAAGUUCUGUGCGGCUCCCAAUGCCCCCGGGGUUUACACCAGGCUGUACAGCUACCUGGAUUGGAUCGAGAAGAUUGCCUUCAAGCAGCACUAAAACGAUCUUUUGAUACCUUUAAUAACUAAUUUAAUUUAUUAAAUAUUCUCUUCACAAGUUACAAAAUAU